AUGGAGGCGGCGGCUGCGCAGAGGAGAGGGACUGAGAGGGAGAGCUCAGAGGCGGCGGUGGCGGUGAAUGAAGGAGGCGCCGAUAGGUUUUGUCUCUUCUCUCUCGUCCCGAAGACGACUCCUCCAGGGACCAGAGAACUGAGAAGCUGCUUGUCUAGAGAAGCUGCUGCGCGUCCAGAGAAGCUGCUAGGGGUGCGUCUCACGGUCUCAGUGGGUAAGGGCCGAAAAUGA